CUUUCUGAAACAGCAGAAGAUUAAAAGGUUAGACCUCUCUUGUUAUGGAUUGGUGAUAGAGGCUUGGAAUUUUUGUAAUACCGCUGUUUUUGCUGUUCUGGGAGAACAUGGCCUGCCAUCAACCAUCAUAGCAGACUGUGGUACACAGUAUAUCAGUGCAUCAUGGAAGAAGGCAAAAGAGGAGAACAAAUGCCCCUACACAGCACUAUGGAUGUACAGUAUAACACCACUUGACAUCAACUUACCAUAUGAGUUACUCUAUGGGAGGAAGCCAGGCUCCAUACUGCCAACUAGCAAACACAGAUACUGAUCAACACCUGGAGGCAAACAGAGUAUGGAGUGUGUGGAGUUUGCGUGUUCUCCCUGCGUUUGCGUGGGUUCUCUCCAGGUUCUCCGGCUUCCUCCGGUGCUUUAGGUUGAUUGGUCACUCUGAAUUGCCCGUAGGUGUGAGUGUGUUAAUGGUUGCCUGUCCGUGUGUUGCCCUGCGAUGGACUGGCGUCUUGUCCAGGGUGUACCCUGCCUCUCGCCCAAAGACAGCUGGAAUAGGCCCCAGCACCACCCACGACCCCGCAUGGGAAUAAAAUGUAUGGAUGGAAGGUUAUUGUUUGUGGUAAGUGAUGACAGUCAAAGCAGAACAGUGGCGUGAAAAUGCCACUAGGUGGUAGUAAGUGUUAUAUGGCUGUUCUGUGCAAGUCAUGUAUCCUCCUGCAGAGCUGCUAAUUCUAUAUAACUACUCCUGCCUCAUCUUUUCAUACCACACCUCCGACAGUAUUUUUUGUGACAUUGCAGUGCAACAUCCCGCGUGUCUACUGUUCACUUUCAAAUAGACCAAACUGUAAAGAUAAUGUCCGAUUUACAAGCACUGUAACGUUUAAAGAUUCUCCUCACAAAUGUUCUGAUCACGUAUCAGCAGCAAACACAAAACUCAGUCAUUCAAGUAGCUUCUGGGGUUUUGUUAAACUCUUUGGUAUAAGUCUGUAUCGGCUGUGUUACAGUAACGUGCGUUUGAAGCAUGCUGCACCUGUAGUCUAUCAAAUAACAACACGUACCGUAAACGCAUCCUGUAGACUGCUCCGCCCACCCUGCGGUGCGUCAGGAUCGAGCGCACCCAGUGGGCGUGGUCGCCUGUUCGUCAGCCGCAGAAACACUUCCUACGUUUCUUAUACGCACAGGACAGCGAACAGUGUGAAAGACGAAGAGUCAUAAUCAGUGGAACAAAGAUGUAUCGCUGUGGUCUGUUAACUCCUGAGAAGGAACCAGUUCCUCUGAAGAGCAUCGAGGUGGAGCUGCAGGUGAGGGACCAUGUGGCCACAGUGGUCUCUACUCUGAGCUACGACAACAAGGAGGACAAACCAAUAGAGGCUGUGUUCGUCUUCCCUCUGCCUGGAGACGCUGCCGUCUGUCAUUUCAGUGCUACCGUUGGUCAGACACAGAUUGUAGCUGAGGUGAAGGAGAAGCAGCAGGCUCGUGAGGAGUAUGAUGACGCCCUGAGCUCCGGUCAGCAGGCCUUCCUGUUGGAGGAGAGUGACCAGAGUCCAGACAUCUUUUCUCUGAGUGUGGGGAGUCUCCCUCCAGGAGAGAGCGCCUCCAUCAGGCUGGAGUAUGUCACUGAGCUGGCUGUGCAGGCUGAUGACGGCCUGAGGUUUUGUCUGCCUGCUGUGCUCAACCCUCGUUACCAACCUCGGGGAAGUGAGGGUCCCAGUGUUGAGGUGACAUCAGUUCCAGCGUCUCAGGUUCCCUACACUCUGUCUUUCUCUGCUCGACUGUCGUCUCCUCGUCCGAUCUCUAAAGUAGAGUCCAGCUCCUCCCUGGAUCCCCUCCAGUUCCUCAACGCAGAGCAAACCCAGGCCACAGUGAAGUUGGCUGCAGGACACAAGUUUGACAGAGAUGUGGAGCUGCUGGUUUAUUACAAAGAUGCCCACCAGCCCUCUGCUGUGGUAGAAGCAGGACAGGCCUCUGCAGAGCCUGGCUCUCUGAUGGGGGAUCCAGUAGUGAUGGUGAGCCUGUACCCCGACUUCCCUCAGACUGUGAUGUCUUCAGUCGCUUCGUGUGGAGAGUUUGUGUUUGUGCUGGAUCGAUCUGGGAGCAUGGAUUGUGCCGUCAAUAACACCAACCCGGAGCAGACUCGUAUUGCAAAUGCCAGAGACACGCUGCUGCUGCUGCUGAAGAGUUUACCAAUGGGCUGCUAUUUCAACAUCUACGGCUUUGGCUCCACCUUUGAACACAUCUUCCCUGAGAGUGUGGAGUACAGUGAGAAGACCAUGGAGGAGGCUCUGAAGAAAGUUGAAGGGAUGCAGGCUGAUCUGGGCGGAACCGAGAUCCUUCAGCCUCUCAAACACAUUUACAACCAGCCCUGUGUUCCCAACCAGCCCAGACAGCUGUUCGUCUUCACCGACGGGGAGGUGUGGAACAACAAGGAAAUUCUACAUCUGGUGAAGGAGAAUGCAAGUUCUCACAGAUGUUUCUCCUUUGGGAUCGGGGAAGGGGCCAGCUCUGCUCUCAUCAACGGACUGGCCAAGGAAGGAGGAGGUCACGCCCAGUUCAUCACUGGGGCCGACAGGAUGCAAACCAAGGUGUUGCAGUCGCUGCGAUUUGCUCUGCAACCAGCUGUGGUGGACAUCUCAGUCACAUGGGAUCUGCCAAAAGGCGUGUCUGCCACUGUCCUCUCCCCACCAAUCACAGCCAUUUUCCAUGGUCAGAGGUCACUGGUUUAUGCCCAGCUCACUGGACAGAGCUCAGAAGCAGCAGAGGGGUGUGUGACGGUGAAGUACAGCCUGGCAGGUCAUCCCUCGCAGAGCCAAGUCAAGUUCAGCCUUAAAGCAGUGGACACUGGAUUAACCGUCCACAGGUUGGGCGCUCGCUCCUUGAUUCGCUCUCUGGAGAUUCAGGAGAAAGAAAAUGGAGAAAAGCCAGAGGAAGUGAAAAAGAGAGUGGUGGAGCUCAGCGUCCAGUCCGGAGUGAGCAGCGCCUACACGGCCUUCGUCGCUGUCAACAAAGGCAACAAUGAGACAAUUCAAGGACCUCUGGUGCGCAGAAAUGUUCCAGCCCCCAGGAUGAUGAUGAUGGCCUGUUCAGCGCGUAGGAUGCCUAUGAAGAUGUGUGGCCGAGCUGUUCUUGGGGGCCCUUGUAACAGAGCGGCACCAUUAAUGGCUAUGUGUGACAUUGCACCACCUAAAGGGAAUUAUUUUGGUAUAGAGACAGACUCUGUUAGAGCUGCUGAACCUCCCCAGCCCAAGCAGCCUUGCAAAGACCCUUUUCUGCAGCUGGUCUCCCUCCAGAAGGCGUCUGGCUGCUGGCUGCUGGAUUCAGCCCUGGCUGCUGCGCUGGGAAAGACCAGCGAGGAGGUGGAGAAGCCAAAGCCUGCACCGGUCAGCCAGGACGUGUGGGCCACCGUUCUGGCUCUGAUCUGGCUUCACGGCUUUAAGAUGGAUAUUAAGGAAGAGUGGGAGCUGCUGGCCAUGAAAUCUGUGUGCUGGCUCCGUGCUCAGAACGCACCAUGUGUAAAGGAGUGUUUGGAAGCUGCAAACAUGCUGCUGGGCUGCAGCGUGCAGGAAGCUUCACUGGGGCUCUGAAGGAGAAUUCACUGGUGCACAGGCUCAGAUUUACUCCAUCCAUAAACAUGCUACUUUUUGCCUUCUUGCUACCUCUGUCAUAGUUUGUGCCUUAAUAAACAGUAUAUGUGCUGUGGUUCACUGGUUGAGGAUGAGCCAUUUUACAAAAUGCUUUGCUUCUUUAAUGUUGCUCUGUUUAAACCGAUGCUCUUGAGAGAGGAACAGAAUAAAAAGUGAAAGUGAGAAAAAA